AUGAACAACCAGUUAGUGAGUGUUCAACUGGAAGAUUAUGUAAAAUACAAGUCCAUUCAAAAAGAAAUAGAAUUAAUAGAAAAAGAGAAUAUAGUAAUAGAAGAAGAAAUACAAUCACGCGAGAAAGAGAUUGAAUAUUAUACUAAUAUGUUAAAAGAAAAAGAUGAAGAGAUUUCGUUAUUAUUUUCACAAACAAUCCAAACAAAAAGUGAAAAUGAAGUUAUUUCAGCCAAAUGUGAGAUAUUGAAAAAACAGUAUAAAGAGAUGAACGAACCACCAGAAGACAAUGAAACCAAAAAGCCAAGAAGAUGUGUUGGACGAAAAAGGAAAGAGAGAAAAGAAAAACCUAAGAAUUUGAUUGAGAAGAUUGUAUCUGAAGAUAUUGUCAAAGCAAAAACACCAAAACCAAAUGAAGAAAUAGGUAAGUCGUGGGUUAUGGAAGGUUCGUCACUACUCAAUGACGAAUUUGGUGAAAGUGAUGAAAGUGAUGAAAAGAUUUCCACUUCAAAAAUAAAGCAAGUAAGAGAAAGAAAAAAGAAAGGUAGAGAUAAAAGAGAACGGAAAACUCGUCAGAUUAAGGAAGUAAAAGACUUUUCAUCUGAAUCAAAUGAGGCUCGAUUAGAACCAAAAGAAGAGGUAAAGGAAGAAGUAAAAGAAGAAGAAGAAUGGGAAGUUUCGACAACAACAUUCGGAAUUUUACCAAUUCCUUUUAUUGUUAAUUAUAGUUUCAUUAUUGAGAUAAUAGGACAUAAAUUUGAAAAAGGUGAAGAUGUAGUAAUUUAUAAAGGUUAUCCAAGUGUUUUAACUUUAUCUUUAUUCAAAGAGUUUAAUAAGUUAAUUGAACUUGGAUAUUUUACUGACACAACUGAUCUUAGUCAAAAUAAAGAAGUUUUAGAACAGGCAUUAGACUAUUUUGAAAAAUGUGUUAAUUAUUUAGAAGAAAAACGUACAGCAAAAGGGUUGUCAAGGAAUCUCGUUAUCACAAAAGACAAGACUUCAUACGUCCAAUUUAUUGGUGCUGGGAAAAGCAAGUAA